AGCAUCUUUUUCAUGUUACCGCCAAUCGAGAUUACGAGUGGGCUUUAAAAAUGGCAAACCCUAACAAUUGAUUUCUUCUAUAAGUGUAACGUGAUGGCGAAAUCGAAUGAUACUGUAGAAACGUCCGCAACGAAGUCUGAAAAAUUAAAGGAGAAAAUUUAUGCUACAGUAUUUUUAAGCACUGUUGCAAGUAUUUCUGCCCUCGCUGGAUUUGCCAGGACAGUAGCGGCAACCAGAAAGCAAGAUCCAAAACAUUUUGGAGAUGGAAUUUCUGGUAUGAAAGGAAUUCCUGAAACUGGAGCCUCAUUAGCUAUAAGAGCCCUUGGCUGGGGUACAUUAUAUGCUAUCACAGGAUGUAGUUUAUUUUUUUAUGGAAUCUGGAAACUCUCUGGAGCUACUAAUGCAGAGGAAUUUAGAUUCAAGAUGGGCUCUCUACUACCAAAAAUACCUAAAAAUGACCCACCUCAAAGCAGAACAGAGUUUGAGGGUUUGACAGAUCUAUUGACAUAUAUUUCUGACGAUUGGGGACAAAAUAAAAAGGAAUAAAUGUAUAUGUGAUAUCUUGUUCUGGAACUAUACUGGUCAUAAUUGACACGCUUAUAGCAGCAUUCGAAUUGCUUAAUUAGGAUCGUAUGACUGGGGAUCGUAAGAUUGGAUCACGGGUUUACUGCAUGCAUGAAUAGUAAUGCGAAUAGGAAUAAAAAAGUCAUUUGACAAGUUUCAUGAAAUUGUAAAUUAAACUG